ACAACAGCACAGCAGUUAGUAGCUAGCUACAGAGAUGGGGGAGGCAAGAGCCAAUCUAACAAACAAUAAUAGUAAUGAAGGAAAGAAGAAGAUCAAUCCAUUGGGCAGCAUAAUCCUCACUCUUGGCGGCGGCGGCGGGGUUGCGGGGCUAGUCGUGAUCGGUGGAGCCUUGGCCGUUGCAGGUUUCAUGGCGGUUACGUCUUUCGCAAGAAACAAAAGCAAUGCAAAGGCAAAGGGAAUGGACGAAUGCGGGUAUAAGAGUGCAGAGGAUCACAAAACUGCAUGUUUCACAUCCAAUAAGAGUAUGAAUUUGCACCAAGUUACUCCCUCAGAGAUUAUGACGAUUGUGGAGGAGGAGAAGAGUGAUCAUAAACUCAAUAACGAAGAGGAGAACCAGACCUGCUUUCAUCAACAGGAGAUUGCGUUCUCUGACUGUUCACACCCUGAAAGUGCAUCAUCUUCCAAUGACAAUGGGGUUGCGGAAGAUUGCACCAUGUUACUGUUUAAUAGCCCCAAUGAUGGCCAUUCACAUGGCUUCAAAUCCACUGAAACAGAAUCUGACAAGGACAGUGAUAUCAACGAGGGGGAUGAUGAUGAUGAUGAUGGUGUUUUAGGGAGUGGUGAAGAGGAGGAGGAAGAAGAGAGCUCCAAGGCAACAGGGUGCACCUCCUUUGAUUACAAUGAUGAACCGGUUUGGCCUGCAGAGCUGAUACCGGAGGAAGAUUUCAAGGGAGAAAACUAUUGUCAUGGCCAAGUUUGCAGUGACUGUGAUGCUGAUGCCUCCGAUUAUGCUGAGAAUGAGAGAGCCAUGAAGUUAUCAAAUGAUGUUACUUUCAAAGGAACAACAGCAAAAGCAAAUCUGUGUUUGGAGCUGAAUGAUGAACCUUCGGUACUCACAAACUGGAUUGUUCCCACCGUUUUGCUAGCCUUGUUUUUCAUCGUACUUUUUCUGACCCGACAAGAAUCGAUUUUUGUUCUCGAUGAGGCUGAGUCUGUAGUAUAGACUAGUUGUCCCAUGAAGUAGAUUUCGGAUCCUAUAUAUGUUUGUCUUAUGAAUUAGAAUCAUAUGAACUUUACAGUUU